UACGCUAGUACUUUUGCAGACUAGUUCGUUUCGAUCCAAAAAGUUCAAGCUCAAAGAGAUAUCAAUAACUGCCUCAUUUCAGUUCAAACAAACGAUUCACACACCAUGCGUCGAAUAACAAGAAUAGACAGGUCAAUUAGCCUCCUACGUACAGGGUCUAUCUCACAAAAUUCAAAUACGUACCGUUGCUCAGCAUGCAGAAACCAGACAUCUUCAUUCUCGACUUCUUUACGGGCAGACAAAGAAUCAUUGGGCGAGCGAGUGCGACGAAGCCUGUUCAAGCAAGCCCCCUCCACAUCUGUAGAUCCCUAUACUGGGCCUAGUCAGGUACCAGCACAAGUAACGGAACCAGAGUUUGAACGGAAGGAGAGAAUAUUAGCUGAGGAUGCCUACGAUUAUCAACCAGCAGAGAAUGGAAUAGGAUUAGAAACGAUUGGUGGCUACGAAGGAUCUUGGGGCGCUGAGUUAGAUUCCAACUAUCCAUACAAACUUUUCAUUCCGAAGAUCAAAGAUUCUGUAGAAGCGACGAGAGCAUUACAUCGUGCUAUUGUCGAAGUUUUCGCCCUUAAACAAGCUGGAAGACCCUUGUCGGAAAUUUCCCAGGCUGAGCCUGGUGAAGAUUUUACUGGAAAUGUACAAAUCAAUCCUUCGGGAUCGGGUGCUAUCCUACAGUUCUUAGAAAAUGGUUCCCUGGAACAGAUAAUUAAAUCAUUGGCGCCUCCCAAAAAAGGCAAACAAAGACGUAAAGCUAGCCUUGUUGCAACUUCCUCGAUUGACAAGACAGAAAAGGGUUUGCCUACCCAGUCUGAAGGAGAUGUUGCUGCAGAUAGGUCACCUGUAGAUCCCUUGCAUCCAGGACCUACACCAAAGAUUAACGACACUGCGGAAAAGGGAGUUCCUACGGUAUCAGAGGAAGAUGUUACAGCGGACCGUUCACCGGUGGACCCGUUGAAGACCAAGGCUAGAGUACAGGACGCACGCUGGGGAAAUUCGUGGCUCCAAAUUUCUCUCGAAGACCCCGCGGUCAAAUUUGCUGUAGGUCAUAUCAUGAAGUAUUUGAUAGGGCACUUGCUAAUAAUUUACAGGUUGUAAAACGUACAAUGCAACUAAUAGGUAAAAGAAUACCGGACAAUGUUAUCAGCUCCUCCAGUACGGCAGAAAAGCUCUUGCAACACCUCAUCACGCCACCUAAGCCUCCAACCCUGAACAAAGCCCUACAACAAGAUAAGGAACUACUGUCCUUACCAAACGUCCGUGUAGUCAGAAAACGUAUUACGCCAGUAGAUAAGGAACGAAAUGUUGGAAGAUUGAAAGUCAUCAGAGAAGAAUUUAAGUCUCGAGGGUUAAUGGAAUCAAACAAAACUGGUUGGACUGGUCGAGGCCCGCGUGCUGAAACAAUAUGACCUGUGUAAUUUACAACGAAAUGUAUUCUGUCACAACUUUCUGAAAGGCC